CGGAAGUGUGUGUCAACCGUAAGAGACGUUCACGGCGCUCCGACAUGAUUCAACCAUUAAACUAGUUUAGUUAGUUAUUGACACUUUCUAGUCCGAUAGUGGCUUUUAUUAACAGUUAAGUUGUCUGUUUAAGUAGACAGGGAGAAGAUUUACUUUUACUUUUAUAUUUAUCUUGACUUGUAACGGAGAGGAUAACUGUGUGAAGCUACUUCUGGAUCAACAGCAGCCCUCUAGUGUCAGUGUGAAUAAUGCUCCAAUAGUGCAGUAGAGAACUAGACAAACCACAAUGAAUCCACGGACCCUGCCACUGAGAGCCCUGCUGUUUCUGGGGCUUUGGCACACUGGGAGAAGAAGUCUAGCCUCAGCUCCACCAGAGCUGCAAGAUCAGCCCAAAAAGAUAGCUGUGGUCGGAGCAGGCAUAGGUGGCACAAGUGCAGCGUUUUACCUGAGGCAGGAGUUUGGAGCCGGGGUGAAGAUCGAUGUGUUCGAACCUGGCGUUGUUGGCGGACGACUAGCGACGGUGAAGAUCGGAGAGUAUGAGUAUGAGACGGGAGGCUCCGUGAUCCAUCCUCUGAACCUGCACAUGAAGCACUUCAUUGAAAAAUUAGGUAUUCCUCCAAGGACAGAUGUCCCCUCUAAAAUGGCAAUCUUUGAUGGAAAGGAGCUCACGUUUGAAGAGAGCGACUGGUUUAUAGUAAAUUUCUUGCGCAUGCUCUGGCGAUACGGGUUCACCUUUCUCCGAAUGCAUAUGUGGGUGGAGAGUAUUAUGGACAAAUUCAUGAGGAUCUACCAGUAUCAGCAGUUUGGUUACUCAUUCUCCAGUGUGGAUCGGCUCCUUCACGCCAUGGGUGGCGAUAGUUUUCUUACCCUGCGGAAUCAGACCCUGGAGGAAGCGAUGAUCGGCGAAGGAUUUUCGCAGACCUUCCUCAACGAUAUUGUCGUACCCAUCGCUCGAGUCAACUACGGCCAAAGUGUCCGCAUCAAUGGCUUUGUGGGGGCAGUGUCAUUAGCAGGAGCAGAUUCAGGCCUGUGGGCAGUGGACGGAGGCAAUAAGAGGGUGUGCUCAGGACUGCUGUACCACAGCAAAAGUGAGCUCAUCCCUGCCAGAGUGACGUCGAUUUCAGUAAAAGUCCGACCAUCCAAGACAGGCACAGUGGCAAGUUUCUACGAGGUUAACUAUGUCGGAGAAUCAGGCUCAGCACACUCUCUGUACGACAUAGUGGUAAUAGCAACACCGCUACACCAGGGAAAGUCCGACAUCACCUUCUCGGGUUUCUCCCCUCCAAUCCCCUCUCACUACCCCGGACGUUACCACCAGACUGUCGCCACUCUGGUCCACGGCAUGCUCAACAUGUCCUACCUCGGGACCACCGAACCGGCCUCGAAGUUCACCGUGUCUGACGUCCUCACCAAAGACUCGGAGGGCUCCCUCAUCAACAGCCUGAGCUCUCUUGACCCCGUGCACAUCCCUGAGGGUUACAAACGCCCCCCCGCCAGCCAGACCAAAGUCUGGAAGGUGUUCUCCCAACAGCCGCUGUCCCAAGAGCAGCUGCAGGACAUGUUCCUCUCCUGGGAUUCAGUGUCGGAGACUCGGUGGCUGGCUUAUCCUUCUUACCACCCGCCGCACCGUAGGACGCCUCCCUUCGUCCUGCACGACCGGCUGUACUACCUCAAUGCUCUGGAGUGGGCGGCUAGCGCCAUGGAGAUCAGCGCCAUCUCUGGCAGGAACGUGGCCCUGCUGGCGCACCACCGCUGGCACCAACAGGUUGACAAGAUCGAUCAGGAAGACCUGCACACCCGACUAAGAGGGGAACUCUGAAAAAGCAAUAAAAUACGAUCAAUCAAGUACAGUAUAAACCCGCACAGAUACUCAUGGACACCGCCUGCUGCACUAUGAUAACACUCCUGUCAGGGCAACUCUCUUUCAGGUAUCUGGGGUGCUCUGACCCCUUUAAACUCAAAGGACAAUUCCAGUUUAUUACAAGUUGGAUCUUAUUGUUGUAGUUUUGGCCAUCAUUUCUAUUUUGCUCAUCAAAGUAGUUGCUAAGAUCUGGGAAAUACAGUGACGUCGCUAUAAUGACAGGGAAAAGAACACGAGCAGUCAAACAGUCAGACAGGUUGUACACGAGUCAACGUAUUAUCUAAACUACUUUACUUGGAGGUAAAACCGUUUCUAAUCCUUGUGCACACAUACAAAUAUGGUGUUUUACAGUUAAACCAGCAGCCGUUCUCCCAAAUGUGUCUGCUACUGGGGGGUUUGUUUUAAACCUAUCUGACUACCCGUCUCUUGCCCCGUCUCACUUCUUUUUUAGCGUUGUCUCCCUUCUUUCCCAGAUCUCAGCAACAAGUUAACUUGGUGAGUACAAUGUUAUUCUUACCAAUAGGAAUAUUGACCGAAACUAAGAAAAAAAAAGACCAACUGGAAUGAUCCUUUAAUCACCCAAACAGUAGCCACCAUGGUUCAUCAUUCAGCAGCAACAAUAGCACAAAUCACACUUAAAGGUGGGUCAACAAUGUACUGUGCUGAAUUUUGUAAAUCACUGUGAACCACGCUGCACUCCAGGGUAGACACACGCUUUUUAAGUGUUCCUCUGUCUUAGAGUGUGUCUUGAACAAAUUUGUUGAUGUUUUUUUUUAUGUGCACUGCUGCAGUUCUGAACACGGUACAGCUAACGUCUUGCAAAUCAGCUUGUUACUGCCCUUUUAUUGAUGUCUUCUGUCUCUCUACCUCCUCAGCAGACAUAUGUUGUCAGUGAGUACAGGCAGCUGUCAGCAACAGACUUGUGCAACUAAGACGUUGUCUUUGUAAAUCGGAUGUCAUUGAUUUCAGUUAAGAAAAGUAUUAACAAGUCCAUGUUUACUGAUAAAUUUAAUAACUUGGACAGUCUAAUCACGCUGACGAGGUGUAUGAAUUCAGCUUGUUAAAACUAUGAUUGUGCCUUAAAUAUAUCUGAGUAAUCGGCUUGCAUCUUUAUUACAUGAUAAGUCUCCCUUUAAUUUUGGAAAUCUUUUGUCCAUUGGGUCUUCCUGUGUCAUAUUUAAUGAAGUGAGUCAGAUCACCGGGACCAAACUGAAAGAGCACAAUGCAUUUCUGUGGAGGAGAAUCUGUUUUUUAAAGUAGCCUGUGCCUGUGGUUUAUCAGAUGUCAUGCUACUGUACCUAUGUAAACCACUUUCAUGUUCUUUAGCUACUUUGGGAAGAAAAUUGUAGUUUGCUAAUUGUUUCUUAAAGCACUUUUAAAGGUGUAUAUUUCUAGAUUUUUGAAAGAAGUUUUCUGGUUGUGAGUAUAUGUCAAGACACUGUAGCAAAAAUGUUAAUAGUGCUGUUUAAUUGACGGAAAAGUUUCAGGUUUACACUUCUCUUUACAAAUGCCAAAAAAACAACCAUGUGGAGUAUUUUGUCUGGCUUCUUCUGCACAAAUAAAAUGAGGCUCUUAUUUACAAAAUUAUUAUAUUAAAAUAUAAUUUUAAUCAAUACUGAAACCUUCCAAACUAAACAGUAUGUUUUGCAAGUGUUUACAAUCACAAUAAAGAGAUGAGAC